CCUCCUCUGCGCCCGCUGCAGCAAUUGCAGCAUCAGCAGCACAGUUCCACCGAUAAAAGCGAGGAGAAUGGGAGGUGAUAAACCGGGGCACUGCGACGACCAGUCCUCACCCGACUUCUCUCUCUCUCUUCCCCAUUUGCCAUCCGAUUCAUGCAUUGACACGGAGCCAGCCGCUGCUGUGCAGGAGCAGCCACGACAACCGCAUCACAACAGCGAGAAGUCUGGGACUGGGCGGAGAGGUAAAAUGAAAAUAAUUCGGUGAGAAGCGAGAGAGAGAGAGAGUUAUGGGGGUCGGGCCAGCUGCAGAGGGUACGGAAGGGACAUGGUUGAGGCGUCGCUUUUGACUCGCUUCCUUUUGGGAAAGCUUAUGUAAUGGUUGGGGAGACCCAAGGAAGAGGAGAGAGUAAGGGGGAAAGAGAAAAAGGAAAAGCUUGAGCUUUUGGUGUUUAGCUCUUAUAUCUAUCUGCUCUGCUGCACCCUGUUCUUUUGCUCUCCGCUCUGCUCUGCUUCUGGUGCACCUGCCGCUCGUCUCCCGCCUCCCACGCUUGUCUUUUUUAGGCCCUCAGCCUUUAGUUCAGCGCAGCCCCCUCCUCCUCUCCUCUUCACGAGCCUCGCCACCAUCGCCAUCAUGCGUCCCUUCACCACCCCUGUGCGCUCCCUCCCUCCCUAAUCCUUAUCUCGACCAGAAUCCUACAGCUAUCUCUCCGUCCCCUACCUCCGGGUCUUCUCUCUCUUGGCUUUGCCUUUCGGUUCUUGGGCUGCUAGGUUCUCUGGGUUUGGGGAGAAUGGGCAUCGAUUUGAACACGAUAGAAGAGGAGGAAGAGGAGCCGGAGCAGCACCCGGCCCACCUCGCCGUUUCCGCUGCGGCGGCCGCGGAGGAGGCGUUUCAGUCGGCGUCGGUGUGCCUGGAGCUGUGGCACGCGUGCGCGGGGCCCCGGAUAUGGUUGCCGAAGAAGGGCAGCUUGGUCGUGUACUUGCCGCAAGGGCAUCUCGAGCACUCGAGGGAGGGCGGCGACGGCAGCGGUGGGAGAGGGGGAGUCGGCAGCGGCUACGAUGUGCCACCUCAUGUCUUCUGCCGAGUGGUCGACGUCAAGCUCCAUGCUGAUGCGGCUACAGAUGAGGUCUAUGCUCAGCUCUCUCUUGUCGUAGAAAGCGAGGAAUUUGAAGGAAGACCUAAGAAGGGUGAGCUCGAAGGAGAUGCAGAAGAAGAGGAUGUUGAAUGUAUAAGCAGGACAUCAAUACCCCAUAUGUUCUGCAAGACUCUCACUGCCUCUGACACGAGCACCCACGGGGGUUUCUCCGUGCCACGCCGAGCUGCCGAGGAUUGUUUCCCUCCCCUGGACUACAAGCAGCAAAGGCCUUCGCAGGAGCUCGUUGCAAAAGAUUUGCACAGCAUGGAAUGGAGGUUUCGACAUAUCUACAGAGGUCAACCACGUCGACAUCUUCUUACAACUGGAUGGAGUGCAUUUGUAAAUAGGAAGAAACUCAGCUCUGGAGAUGCAGUGCUCUUUCUCCGGGGCAAUGAUGGGGUGCUUAGAUUGGGUGUUAGGAGGGCAGCUCAAUUCAAAGGCGGCGGCCCUGUUUUGGAACAUCAAAGUGGCAACAUGGAUCUAUUGACACUGGCAGCUGUCGCUGAUGCUGUGUCCAACAAAAAAGCCUUCGACAUCUAUUAUAACCCAAGGGCAAGCUCCUCAGAGUUCAUAGUUCCAUACUGGAAAUUUGUAAAAAGCUUAAAUACUUCCAUUUCUGCGGGAAUGAGAUUCAAAAUACUUUAUGAAGGUGAUGAUGCCACAGAGAGGUCCACAGGACUGAUAACUGGGAUCAGUGACAUGGACCCUGUUAGAUGGCCUGGUUCAAAGUGGAAAUGUCUGUUGGUUAAUUGGGAUGAUGAUAUGGAUGCUAAUAGGCAAAACAGGAUAUCACCUUGGGAAAUCGAACCAAUUGGUUCAGUCUUAGGCUCUGGAAGCCUGUCAACAACGGGUUCCAAGAGGGCCAAAAUUUGUCUUCCCUCUGUCAAUAUGGAUUUUCCAAUUCCAAAUGGAAAUGGGUGUCUGGACCUGAGGGAAUCUGCAAGUUUCCACAAGGUCUUGCAAGGUCAAGAAUUUACGAGGCUUAGAACUCCGAGUAACAUUGGUGUAACAGCCUCUCAUGUUUCUGAGAUUGGAAAUCGUCAAUACUCGGAUGGUAAGGGACGUUGCACUGGUGCAAACAGCUGCAUCGUAGGUGAAUCUGUUACUAGGGAUAGGGUCAGAACAUCAUAUGGAGCUGACUUUACCUUCAAUUGCACAGGCUUUAGCGAACCUGUCCUAUUCCAAAAGGUCUUGCAAGGUCAAGAAGUAUUCUCAAAAUGUCCUCCAUUCAUUGGAGCCCGAUCUGAUGCUCAUGCAAGGAACGGUGUGUACGGCCUGUUUGAUAGAUUUCAUACAUCUCAUGCUGAGAGUAGAUUGCCUCCAUCUUCUUUGGGAUAUGUUACUAUUGUUCAACCAUCUUUGCCACCAAUUCAAGCGUCUUCACCGUCGUCGGUGCUAAUGUUUCAAGAAGCAGGUUCCAGAAUGACAUUGGUUCAGUCAGCAUCUAGCACGAAUGGUCAAGAUAGGGGUGAUGGUGGUUGCUACUUCUCCAAGUUAAACGGCUCAGAAGCACUGCAUGUGAAAGAAGCAAAAUUCCCGUUCUGGCCUCCAACUAUGGGUUGUUGUCAUUUUGCCAAUCAGCAACCCGAAAUGGAUAAAGUGCAUGCUUCUGUUUCGGAUGGUAAGUUGGGCAUAGGAAAUGAGCAGAAUGUGACCCGAAAUGGUUGCAGGCUUUUUGGUUUUUCCUUGACUGAGAAGAUUCCUGUGGCAAAUUUAGCCGAUAAAUCUCUGCCAGUCUCUCCGGCUUCAACUCAGGUCAAGGUUGAUACUGCUUUCUCGGCUUCAAUGCCUCAGAUGCCUGCUAAGCCUGUUGGGUGCAGUUGCACUGGAGUAAACGCUGUGUAUGCUCUGUGUGCAGCUCCAUUUUAGGACUUGGUUACUCCACAAAUCUUGGGGGUUGGCAUGCAUCUAAGUACAUAUCUAGCAGCUUGAUGGAAAUUAGGAUCUGACUUAAAGUUGGAUGAUUGCUUAUAAGGAAAUCCAGCAGAACAACCUGGAAAAGAUUGCCUGUGUGUUCUACAUCGACAUCGACAGCGAGGACACAAUGGUGCCAGCCAGUGAUGAUCUACCUACCAGUAUUUACUAGGGUUGUUCCUGCAUUCCCACUAGUGGCACCACCUCUGCUGCAUACUCUUGCAAGACAUCGCUCCGGAUUCUUGAUAGACAACCGGUUGGUUGGUUGGCUGUGCAUCGUUUCUCAAAUGAUGCCAAGUUAGAUCAACAAAUCCUGGUUCCUCCCGGCACCUUUACUGGCUAUGAGUUGAACACUGUUGUUAAGAUAUCUUCCCAUUUGGUUGCUCAAACUCUUCACUGUUAUUUGUGACAUUCUGCUAUCUUACUAGUCUUUGCUGCAAUAUUUUUGCCGUAUGCUAAAACCGCUAUUGGUGAUGCAAGAUGUUCACACAUGCUUUUAGCAUUGUUGCUAUGC